AUGAAUUAGCAAAACACAAAUUAAAAUUAUCAAAGCUAGCUUUAGAGAAAUGGCUAUGAGAUUGUGAAGCCAUAAAAUUUAUCAAUGGACUAUUAUGAUCCUAUGCUUCACAAUAAACCUCAAUAUAAUAGGUAUGAUCCAAAUACAUUUAAAGAUUAUGGUAAUUUAUCAUAAAGAGUAACUCCUGAUAUACCUGUUAGAUAAUUGAAACCUUAAACAAUUUAUACAUCUGCGAAUAAUAAAUAUGUUUAAUAACCUUAUUAUGAGGCUGUAGAACUACAAAAGAAACCUAUUGAUCUAUAAAAAUAUGAUAGGUAAAAAGACUUUAUGGAACAGAAGGAUAAAGCGUAAGACAAAAUCCAAAGUCUGGUGUUAAAAUCCAAUUUAGCAUAAAAAAGCCCAGAAUAAAUAAUUAAUGAAUUCAAAGCUUAUACGCUUCCGAAAUUGCGAUUGAAGAGAUUGAUAAUGCUGCAGGCUGCAAUGAAAGGAUAUCAUGUAAGGAGAUUCAAAAUACCAAGAAUAAAGUAGAAGAUAAAAGUAUGUUAAUUGUAUGCUGAAGAUUAUUUGAGAAAAGUUCUGUAUGUAUGAAAGUUCAUAUAUUUAGGAUAAAUUUAUUCCAGACAUAGUAUUGGAAGUAAUUACUUAUAACAAAUACAACCAAGAUUUAUCACUUUACAGCGACAAGCAUUAGGCAUAUUUGAGAAUCAUCGAUGAUCUAUUGAAUAGAGUGGUGAGACGAAUGGCUAAUGAAGUAGUUAAAGAUUAGACUGAUUAUUUAGUUACGAGCAUAUUAAAUUAAAGGUUCAAGGAUAAGCCAGAGUAAGAGAAGGAUCCGAUGAAAUUGGUUGCAUUUCAAACGAUUCAAAAUUUCAUGGAUAAAGAAGUAUACAUCAUAGCAAAGGAGGCAAUUUAGGAGUCAAGUGCUAAUUAUUACAUAGAUUUAUAAUAUGCAAGAGUGAUAAAGGAUCAUAUCAUCCCAAACACUUUGAGGACAAUAAUCUUCGAGGCUUUGGAUGAUUUAGCAAUUGAAAAAUACCUGAAUGAUUUAUGUUCUGAAAUGGUUCGGGAAAUAUCGUAACCUUUAUCAACUUAGAUGACGUAAUUGUUGUAAGCGGAACAUGAAUCAGCCUCUCUUGAUUAGGCAUUACAAAAUUAUGUUUAUAGAAUGAUGGGAGAUGUACUAAUAGAGCAUUUAUUAUUGAUGGACAAUCAAGACUUGGGGAAGGAUCAUGUUCCAUCUGAAAAUUCAGAACUGUGAAAAUUCCAUAUUUUCAUUAUAUGAUCAAG